AAACAUUAUCUUGCAACUAGCAAAUGAUAUAAAGUCUCUUUCCCUUCCUCAUUUCGUUUUUUUUUAAAAGAUUUGUCUUGUUUUCAAUUAUUUGGUUUUAUUAUCAUCCAUUAUAUUUGUGCCAUAAAUUUUGUGCUAUUUUAUCUCCACUUUUUUCUACUAUUUUCUGCUUAUCUGACUCUAAUAACUAAUUAAUUGAUAAUAAUGGACCCAAUUCAAAGUUACCAAUUAUUGGCCAUGAAGGCUAAAUCUAAACUAGCUUUUGAAGCUAGUAAAAACGAUAUAGAUUUGAGAGUGCUAGUUGCUCAUGCCACCUUAUUGGAUAAUUUAGUUAAUCAUAUAAUAGAUAAAUCACCCUCUACUGUUAACUAUAAAUAUGAAAAUCAGAAUAUAAAUAACAAUGAAAUAGAAAAUGAAAUGGGAAAUGAUAUUCAUUAUAUUGAAAAUAUAGACGAAAUUCAGGACCCAGAUUUAAUUAAGAACAAUAAUUUCUCUAGCAAUUAUGAUCUAAAUAAUAUUACUAAUAAAGAUAAAGAAAACAAUAAUGAAGAUGGGGAUGAAGAUGAUAAUAAUAACGAUGACGAUGACGAUGACGAUUCUAAUUAUUAUGAAUAUAUCUAUGAUUCUAACGAUUUUUAUUAUGUUUCAAAAGUUAACUCUAAAAACUCUUUGAUAAUUGAGUCUAAUAAUAAUAAUAAUAACAAUAAUAAUAAUAAUAAUAAUAAUAAUAAUAAUAAUAAUAAUAAUAAUAAUAAUAAUAAUAAUAAUAAUAAGAGUAUGGACGAUGAUAAUCACCAUUAUGAUUUAUCUGAGCCUGAAACCGAUUCUGAUUAUGACAGUGAAGAUGAUGAUGAUAAUGAUUCUAGUAUUUCUAAUGAUUUAUCCUCCAGUUAUAAAUACACUAAAAAAUAUUCAGAUUAUAACGAUCUUGAUGAAGAAAUUGAUUUAUCAGAAUUAUCAUUAUCAAGGGUAUCUUCUAAUAGCUUGAGUAGCCAAUCAAUUGAAAAUCAAUAUAAAAAUUUUAAACUUCAUAGAACCCCCUCAUUAUCAUAUUCUUCUGGAGAAGAAGAUUAUGAUUACAAUAGUUAUGAUGACUCUCAUCAUAAUCAUUAUAAUCAUAACCAUAGCCAUAAUCAUAAUCAUAAUAACCAUAAUUAUAACAAUAUUCAAACUUUCAAAGGAAAUUUACAACAAAAUAGCUUAACCAGUUCUUUUAUAUAA